CAUUACCGGAAAAACAUUGAAUUUACCCGGCUUUAAUCUUCUCUUCCCUUUAUCAUCAGCUUUAUGCUUUGACUUGAACCUCUACCAUAAAUACCUUCUCUGCUAGUCCCCCACGAUGAAAGAGGAUAGCCAAGAAUGUACAUAUACAAUUCCCUGUGAAGAUACAGUUCAAUGUGUUGAAUUUUCUCCGUUUGAAUGGUCUUAUCAACUCCUUGCGGUCGGAACAUCAUCUGGGGUGUCGGUAUACUCCUGCAGGUUCCAGGAAGAAGAUGCCGAGGUGGCCAAUGGCAUCGAGUUCAAACGACUUCGGGACUUCCCUUCAAAAAGCGCUACCCCUUUGGCGAUUGCUUGGAGCCCACAGACCUCCCUGCAAGUGCUACCAAAAUUAAUGAGUUUUGCCGUUGCUGCAGAUGACAGGACAUUACAAAUUUUUGCCACAGACAUGAACUCUACCCACAGUGUCAAGGUUUUGUCAGGUCACUCUGACUAUGUGAAUGCCCUGACCUUUGACCCCAACGAGGGCGUGUUGCUCGCCAGCACAGGUGACGACAUGACGUGUCGAGUGUGGUCAGUCAGUGACGGCACGCAGGAGUCCAUAUUUCAGCUGACCUCGCCGGGGAUGUCCGUGUGUUGGCAUGCAGAUGAGCCCUUCAAGCUGAUGGUGGCGCAAAAGGACGGGACCAUCCGCUUCCUGUCGCUGCACAACCAGCAGCCAAUCAUGAGCCUCAGCUGCGGCCAGAGCCCGCUCAUGUCAGCUGACUGGUCUCGGCACAACAACUUGCUGGUCGGUGCCGUCUGUGGCUCUGAGUGGCUCGUCUUUAACGUCUCCGUGUCCAGCUUACCCAUUGAGAGACGACCAGCACACAACGAGGGAGGCAAACAUUUCAGGUGGUCUCGCUGCCAUGAAUCCUUACUGGCCACCUGUGGCCGCCCGGGGAGACAGCUGAAAGUUUUCAAUACUCGCCACCAACAGCUCCACGUGUCAACGUCCCUGCCCAUCUCGUACGGCCUGAGCUGGCACCUUCACCUUCCCCUGGUGGCGGUCGGGGGAGACAGAGCUGUACACUUGUGGACCGUCGAGUCCAUCUGACCUCCGACCUUGACCCACUUCUUCAGAUUGUGUUCACUUUUCGACAACUGUUACUGUAAUGACGGACAAGGGGUGGUGUGGAAAGAAUGUAACGCAACUUGUCGCAAAAGCUCUUUGAACGACGCAACAAUAAAAUAUAAUGAGUCCACAUUCAAAUAUGGAAGAUUA